AUGAUUUGGCAAGGUCCAGCUUUUGCAAUUUUCAUGCAUAUUUUUGCAUAUUUAUUUAAUUCUACACUUUUGAUAAUGCUAUAUAGAAAGAAAGUAUUGUACUCCAAGGUAUACAUGUUCAACAUGAUUCUCUCGGAAAUUUUCAUGAAUCUCACUCAAAACAUUCUCGUGGAAUUCCCAUAUUUCUUCCCGCAGAAUCCAGCAUUCUAUUCAUUUCCAGCUGUGAAAAUCGUCGAGAUUUUCAGCCAAAUGGCUUAUCAAGGAAAAUUUUUCAUGGCUUUUUGAUGGCUACUCAUCGACUAUGGGUAGUGAUGGUGCCGAUUGGAAGCAAUGCGUUCUCAACAGAGAGGCUGAAAAUUUAUUUAGCUAUUGGAUGGAUCAUACUUUUCUUCCGCCAAAUGAUCAUAAUUCUUCCGAACGACUGUUAUUUCAAAAUGGAUCUCGACCAAUUUCAAGUUACAGCUGUUUGUGAGAAUCUGGAAAAUCAUCAACUUCGUAUGAAAAUUAAUUCUGCGAUGAGCGAUAUCAUACACAUGUUUAUGCCUUGGGCCUCAGUUUUCAUGAAUUUAAUUGUGUUCGCUUGCAUUAAAUUCAGAAAUCGAAAAAGUCAAAUGAUUGGAAGAAGUGGUGAAAAGACUAUGGUUAUUAAUUCGUUAGCAGUGUCGCUUCUGUUAACCACAAACUAUGUUUAUAACAAGUUUUACACAAUGCUCAAGCCGACAAUCUCCCAGCAGUCCGAUGAACUUCAGUCCGCCCUCAGCUUCUUCAACCUGUACGGGUGUUCAUGCUUCAAUCUUCUCGUUUAUUUUGUUCUAGACCCCACAAAUCGGCAAACUGUAAUUUGCACAAUUACCAAUAGAAAAUCAAAUAUGACUUCGGGAAGUGUUGUGACUGUUUUUUAA